AUGGAAGCUCUCCUUCAGGCGGGGUCCUUUCUUAUGAAGGUGAAUACCUUACAGGGCAAGAAGAUGGUGGAGAGUGGGCUCCAGUCCGGGGACCUCUCCCUGUCUCAGUCAUGGCCCUCCUGCCUCCCUCUGCCCGCCGACUUGGAGAUCUUGCGGCAGAAAGUGGCCGCGGUGCAAAGGGAGCUGGAGGACUUCAAGAAGGAGGCUCUGCAGGCCAUCAGGUACCUGGAGGACGCCUUCUGCGAGAUGAACAGCGUCCUGGCACAGCAGGAGGAGCAGGCUGCGCGAGUGAAGCAGCGACUGAGGGAGGAGGAGGACCGUGGCAUCGUUCGCAACAAGGUGCUAACCUUCCUUCUGCCCCGGGAGAAGCAGCUUCGCGAGCAUUGCGAACGGCUGGAGAAGAUGCUGGUCAGGAGCCACGACCCGCUGCGAGUCAACAGGAAGAGCCAGGCCGACUGA